ACUGUGGGCGAAUGUAAAACGGCGCGUUGACGUACACCACUGCCACCAAGAUAACCUUGCAAUUUGUGUGCAAAUCCUUUAGUUAUUCGGUUAUACUGUGACCAAGAGGGAUUCCACUCCAAUUACAAUUCAAACGUUGUUGGACAGAAAGUUUUUUUUGCCAUUGCAUCACAUGCUGCAGCUGCCGUGUGAAGAUGCACUCAGAAUGGCCUGAGUAUGGCCAAAGGCGGCACCAUGGUGACAGAGACCGAAGAUGGAGGGAUGAUUACAAUGAUAAAUGGGAAAAUAGGCAUGAAUACCAUAGAGAUGUACAGUGGGAUUCCUAUCCUAAGCAUGGUGGUUCUGGGCCUGGUAGAACAGAGAGAAACAGCAGAAGUACAGACUACAGUGACUCACCUCAAAAGUUGUACUCUAAAGACUCCCUGGACCGAGACAGAGAUGGGGAUAGGAGGAGCCCAGUGAGGAGACACUUGUCUUCCCCAGACAGGAGGGUGGUUGAAAAGAAAAGACGAAGGUUCACAGAUGACAGCCGUGAUGACUACAGCUAUAGAUGUGAGCCUGAUGGCAAAAAAUACAGGCAGCCACUAGACAGUUAUUCAAAAGAUUUUAAACAUACGUUGCCAGAGGAAGUAGAUUUUAAAUAUAGGAGUAGUAUGCAAGAUUCCAGAAGCCGACAUAGACAUGAAGAGUUUACUUCCAGGUACCACAAGCCCUAUGAUUCCAGUCACAGACAACUGUCUACAUAUAACAAAGACAGAGAUGAUCAUGAAAGAAACCACAGUUUUUUACUUAAGAAACUUCCAGAAGAUGACACCACAAAGAGAUACGUCAAAUCCAGAGAACAGAAGAAUAGCUCUCCUACAGAUCGUGUGGAUCAUCGUCAAAAUCAAGCAAGGAAUUAUUUGGAUGGAUCUAGACUGUGUUUUGAGCAUGUGACCAAGUCCAGUCAGGAUGUACCUGAGAAGAAGGCCGCCAAUGGUUUCCAAAGGUUCCUUGAAGUACUCAAUAAAGGUGUGGAUGUGGACAUACUCAACCAGAUUGUGAUCCAGACCGGUCCUGAAGAUGGUGGUCAACCACAAUCUGCAGCAUCUUUCCGCAAUGUACUUGAUCAUCCCUGUUUUCCAGAAAAGCAGGUAAGGCAUCUCAAUGUGAAUACAUGGAAUGAAGAGAAUUUUGGAGAGGAAUGUCACAGGCUGCCUUUUCAACGGCAACGUCUCGGGUCCUAUGGCCCAAAGAGGAGCUCUCCGUAUGAUGACAUGUCAGUGCAAAGGAGUGAGGGAGGACAAGGCUGCACGGGGUCCAUGUUACUUCCUGCGGUGGAGAAGAAAACACUGACGCCUGAAGAUGAGCACAAGCACCAGCAAAUGCAGGAAGUGUUGCAGGCCAUUGGGGUGGACUUGGGAUUCGAAGAAGUCGGUCAAAUGUCGCACCGGAUUAAUGAGCGAUUAUAUGGAAAGAAAGAAAGCGACUGGAGCUACCAGAGUACAGGAAGCAGGGAAAGGAUCACGAGAGCAGCCUACUCUCCAAGGCGCAGCAGCAGGUCAUCAUCCUCCUCCUCAUCAUCACACAGAUCUAAACCUUCAUAUAACGACUACUCUGUUCACACAGACUCAUACAAUGCUCAGAGCGAUUUAAAAGUGGAUCAAGUCCAGGUCCCUUACACUAUCAACAACAGUAGCUCUUUACCAGACAAUCAGAAAUGUGAAAUCCAUGAAAACAUUCCUCCCAAUGCCACCAUCAAAACAUUCAUACCCAAUAUGCUCACAACGCCACCCUAUCGUCCAGUGAAUUACCCACCUCUGCUCCCCAAUGUUUCCAAUGUUAGGCCCAGACUUCUCAUUCCUCCCCUACCUUCUUUGCUUCGUCAGUCUCCCAUGUUCCCUUUGCCGGGUCGGCCUCCCCUCCUGCCUUAUCCUUGUCCAUCACCUUUGAAUAUCCUUCCAUCUGUACUCGCUCAAACGAGGCACCUCCUCCCCACACCCAUGAAUAACAUCCAGCCACCAUUUAUUAACCUGCCAAAUGUACCAAAUCCACUUCACAGUGUAGAUACUUCACCAAAGUCUAAAGUGGUAUCGAGGCCUCGUUGUUUGCUGGUCAUUGAUACAAAAAAGCCCAGAUAAAUAAUGGUUAAUUAGGAUGUAGUAUUCCUGUGUGCACAUGAACAAAAUUGUAUGUAACCCUCUGUUAAUCAAUGAAAAAGAGGACACACCGGAGAUUAACGUCCCUAUGGUCAAAUUGUUUUCAAUCUUUUCUCGGGGUAUCAUCGUUUUUGUCCAGGCCGGUUUCAUUAUUAUUAUUAUUUAUAUUUUUAUGAUUCUUUUGAACCACAAUUCAAAAGCGUCUGAUUUUCUUUGGUGAAUUUUCAGUAAUUUGUAUUUAUUAUUAUUAGUUUUGCCAGUUUCAAGUUAUUUCCAUAACUCUUGUGGGUUUUCCUUUCACCAACAGUGGAGUACCGACAAUUUUGUCCAGGUGUGCAUAUUAUUCACCACUAAGCACAGAGCCCACAUGCAGCACAUUUGAGUUCUAAGGUAACAAAUGUUGACGCGGUUGUAAACUGUCCAUCAGCAAGCAAAAAAAUUAAGACCAGAAAAUGUUAAAUCACUGACAAUGAAAUUAUAGUUGCCUAAAAAUGUGAUGCGUUGUGAUUUUGGAUUUUAAAUAAAUUUGCAAGCACCAGGUAGUUGUUUUUUUUAAAUUUGACACAUUUUCUUUUGAUGUGAGCGCACAGAAAAUGCUUGUAAAUAUACUGUAUCUAUUGUAAUACACUUGUUCUCUAAGUAAAGUGGUCAUUCGCAUUGUUUCUUUCUUGCAAUAAAAAUGUGACAUAAAUACUACAUUUAAAUUUCAUACAAUUUUCUAUGUCAAGCUCAAAUAGGGGCAAAGGCUUUUUUUAUAUUGUAAACCUUGCAUGGUUAACUACUUCUUGAUAUAAUGAAGGGACAAAAGUAAUCCAGGAAAUUGUCUUUUUUUUUUUUAAUAGGGAGCAAAGUUGAGCAGAGCACCACCAGUUUGGAAACAUUUAUU